AUGUCGCGCACAAGCAGUGGCGAUUCACCUGCCCUCCAGGAACGUGGCUCCCUGCGUACACUAGAGAAGGGCAAGAGUCAAUUCAUCGGCAGCUCCAGCGGAAUUUACUUUGUCAACACAGUCCGACGAGCCUUCACAAGCGCAAACUCGCGGCUAUCGUCUCGUCUUUUCGAUACCACGCACCCUACCCCCGAGGAGUGCAUAGUCGAGGAUGAGCAGCAGAGACCCAGCGACUCUGCGCCGGCGUCUUUUUUUGCUGGGCUCGGCAGACCGCCCCAGCCGGAUGUUGCGAAGCAGCUCUUCAUGACGUAUUUUCAGACAUGGCAUCGCUUCUUCCCGUUCUUGCAUGGGCCAACUAUUCUCAAGGAUAUGGGAGAUUUAUAUGGGUCGUUUGACCAGAAUAGCACAGCGACGACACUUGCGAAGAGUAUCAUCCUGCAGUGCAUCUUUAACCUGGCAGGUCUACAUGAUAGCAGCCAGCUACCGGCCGCAUGCGAGAUCCAAAAGCCCACCGACGUGCUCACUUAUCUUCCGGGCCUCGCAGUCAAAGGCGACCUUGUUUCCAUCCAAGCUCUCUUUGCUGCUGGUCUACUACUGAUAGCUCGCAUGUCGCUGCGUGCAGCUGCGGUCGUAAGCGGUCUUUUAUCGCGCGCUGUCUUUCUAGCAGGGCUGCACCGUUGUCCUUGCCGCUAUGCGAGGCUCACAGCGGAUGAUUGCGAUAUUCGGAAGAGGCUGUUUUGGUGUAUCUAUGUCUUUGAUCGAUACCUCUCCCAGGCUUUGGGGCAUCCGUUGGGGAUACAGGACUCUGAUGUAGAUGUCUGUCCUCUGGAUGGACCUGAGCUUCACCACCCGGUGCUGCAUCCAACGGUUCCUUCGAGUCAUGAUGACUUUACCUCGCCGGUUUCUGGGGUCUCAAUGAACUCACCUAGGAAUCAGUCUGGUAAUGCCACCGCCACGUCACGGCAAAGUGAAGCCGGUCUUAGUAGGGGAACAAGCGACGAUGAAUCAAGUCAGAAGCAAAAUCGCUAUUCGAGCUUGUCCUUUCAGGUCCAAUACUCACGUCUUCUCGGUCGAGCCCUGGAACUCUUCCACAAAUCUCUCCACAUUCGGUCCAUCGACAGCGAAUCAAUUCUCUCACUCCAAACAGACAUCAACGCCUUAUGGAAUGCACUGCCCUCAUCUCUCCAAGAAUUCGAUCCCUCUUCUCAUACUACUGAAGCAACCCAAAGUCAAAUCUUCAAUGAGUCGGCUCACUUUCUCCUUCUUCAUAGCCAGCUGGUACUUCUAAUUCAUCGCCCUAGGCUAUCUCUGGAGCCAUCCACCCCAGAGUUUCAGUCUGCGAUCCAAAUCUGCAUCAGCGAAGCGCGACAAAUCAUCAAAAUAAUAAGCAAGCAGCAUGAUGCAGGGUUUGCUCUGUUCUGGCCGGGGUAUCUCUCCGUCACAUGGAUGGCCGGCAUUGUGCUGGCCUUUGCGUGCCAACUGCGGCUUUACUUGGCAGAGAAAGGCAAGAGUAUGUGCCUUGAGGCCCUGCUUCAUAUGUCCGAGCGAUGGAAGCUUGCCAAAAACUGUCACGCUGUUCUCCUGGGUCUUACCGAAGCUCUCCAGGAGAUGGAGCGUACAGCAAAGAGACCGGCCUCCGACUCCACAUCCAAUUCUGCGCAUUCGCCCUCUGCGCAACAUAAUGUAGUUAGGGACAUAGUAUCUCCAGCCGUGAACUCUCAAGGUGGCCCCAGAAAGAGAACAAGACUACAUUCGAAAUCACGCUCCAGGCCGGGACAUAACAACGAUGGUAAUGGAGAACGUUCCAAUCAAGGUCCUGCGACUAACAGCAACGCGUCAGCGGAUGAACCGUUGAGCUAUAGCUUCUUCGAUGCUUUCAAUACCACGGGCCCGGCUAUCCAGGAUCACCCCCAAUCCAUUGAAGAUCCCGGCAGACUAAGCAAUUGGGAGAGUGGGAUGCCUGAUCUUUUAGCUGGAAUCACUUGGGAAUCACUGCUGGGAGGUAUUGACCAGGAUGAUCCGACCUUGGAUAAUGCAUUCUUCUAA